UGGGACACGUGGCACUCGAUCUUGGCACUUCCAGGCGCCGGUGAGGUCCACUCGCUCAGAGAUUUGACGCGUCUCCUACGGACAACUCACCUGCCGAUCGUUGUCGGAUUGUUCGCCAGCGAUGCUGGUUGGACACGGCUGGGUCCAAUGGCUCACGUGCGUUGGCGGGCACGCUACGGACUCGUGCUUCGAGCUAAAGCUGCUGGCCACGUGUCGCGGGUCAAUCGCCGGUUCGAACGGAUGUGGACGAAAGUCGAUGGUGGUCCAGUGGCUCAAGGUUGAUGGCGGCAACCUCUACGGACGACACCACGUGGCCGCGUGGGCGGCUCAGCGGGCCAGCUAUGCUGGAGCCUCGUCGACGAUCGCGUCCUGUGGCUCGGAGGGGAUGGUGUGGCCUCCUACGGACUCUCGGCGGACCCUGGCGGAUAGGCACGGUUCGUUCGCUGUGCGGGCUUGCUUGGGCUGCUCCGGUGUGAAGCACGCGGUGGCGUGGUGCUUACCUCACAGUGCUGCACCGCGUUGUGAAACGUUCGCAGGUGCUGGUGGGAUGUAGAACCUACCAAAAGAACCUUCGCCUGAAGGUUCUACGGGCGAAACGGGGCAACUUAGAUCACUGGCCUAAUUUAAUGAAUUUAAUUACCUUUGGUUCUGGUUUGUAACAACACGCCCGCGGGGGGGGGGGAGCGGAAAAACGCUAGUCUAGCGACUUGGGCCUAAUUUCACAAAAUUGGUAAAGUGAUCUAAAUUAAUUAAAAGAACUAAAAUAACUCGGGAGUGAACUCACGUCCAAAUACACUUCGCUUUGCACACGCGGACUUAAAUUCAACGGCUUGGCUAAUUGGCAGACUUGUAAAUUUUCGCAACUACUACACUUCCCUAAAUGCUGGUGAUCUUCACUAGCGCACGAUCUCGGAGCAAAUGGCAGAGAGCCCUUGACGACACUAGGUCGAGACCUUGACCGCGAAAAAUGGCUCACUCGUGGCCGGCUCUGAUUGGCCAAGGCCGAGUCCUACUCGCAAGGUGCCCUGGUUGCUAAGCACUUAGCGGAAAAUUGAGAGAGUUUCGGCCAGGUCAAUAUAUCACACGAUCAUCGUCUACGGGAGAUGUAGAGUUGACCUAUUUUUUUAAAUUUUUAGUUCCGAAACUCACCACCUCACCCAGUUGGCGCUCGCUCAUUUAGGGGAAAUUGAUGAUCGCCCAUGAUCGUUCUUAAUAUGGUUACAUUACCCCCCAACAAAAAUAAGAAA